AUAAUAAUUGUGUCGGUGCGAACAUAGUAUUAGUUCAUUUUGUUCUUGACUACUUUGUUGCUAAUGCGCAAUUCGUAAUACAUUUCAUGAUAAAUUCUUCCUUCAUUAAGAACAGGUGGUUUAUAAAAGCAACAGUUAAUAAGAUAAAAACUAAAACUGAUAUUAGGAAUACAAUUUAUACUACGAAAGUGAAUGUUUCGUUGUUAGAUUUUUACAAAUCAGAUCAAGUUCAGAUAAUUGUCCCUCUGUAACGGAUCGUGAACCUUUUUAUUUAUAUUUUAUUUCACUAUUCACUUAAUAAAUUUUGAAAUAUUCCGCAUACAUAAAAAUUAAAAUGUGUUAAAUAUACAAAUAUCCCCAUUUCAUAACUUUUAUUGGCACAGACUUGAAAUAUUGGUAUUUGGCACUUGAAGUUUCUAUGUACAUAUGUAUCUAAUGUAACAACACAUUUCGAACGCAGUAUAAGGUGUACUUCGUUGGUAAUGGUGAAAAUUUUAUUUGCGAAAAUAAAAUAUCGCCACCGAAAAUUGCUCAUUAUUAAAGUUUUUCAGAGGGUUUUCGUAAUAUAUUUUUUGAUAAAGGUUAUUCAAAUUCAUAUAAAAUGGACGGUGGUGAACAAGAUCAGGGUUUCCGUUUGGGACCAUUAUCACCACAAGAAGUGAAACCAGACAUUUCUAUAUUGAAUGAAAACAACACUAGUGGAUACUCACCAAAAUCACCAAGUCCUGUUUCUUUUGGGGCAAUUGGUUUGCAAUCAAUGAAUAUGACAAAUGCUGGUUCAGUGGCAGCGACAGUAGCAGGUCACAAUCCUAACCAGCUACAACUCGGUACACAACAACAGCAACAACAAUAUCCCCCAAAUCACCCAUUAAGUGGAUCAAAACAUUUAUGUUCCAUUUGUGGUGAUAGAGCAAGUGGAAAACACUAUGGAGUUUACAGUUGUGAAGGAUGUAAAGGUUUUUUUAAACGUACCGUAAGAAAGGAUUUGACUUACGCAUGUCGUGAAGAUAGAAACUGCAUCAUCGAUAAGAGGCAACGCAAUCGUUGUCAAUAUUGCCGGUAUCAGAAAUGCCUGGCAUGUGGAAUGAAGCGCGAAGCCGUUCAAGAAGAAAGACAACGUGGCACAAGGUCACAAAAUGUUCGUUCAAAUGAUGAUUUCAAUCCAAGUAGUUCUGUCCGUGAUUUAACAAUAGAACGUAUUAUUGAUGCAGAACAAAAAAGUGAACAACUUACUGGAGAUAAUGCUAUACCAUUCCUUCGGGUUGGACCGAAUUCCAUGGUACAACCUGAUUAUAAAGGAGCUGUUUCACAUCUUUGUCAAAUGGUGAAUAAACAACUUUAUCAAAUGGUUGAAUAUGCCCGGAAAAUGCCACAUUUUGCAGAAUUGCAGCGUGACGAUCAGGUGCUGUUACUCAAGGCAGGUUGGAAUGAAUUACUCAUAGCAAAUGUGGCAUGGUGUAGUAUUGAUUCAUUGGAUUCUGAUUACGCUUCAUCAGGAGGUCACGAUACUUCGUUCGGGCGGCGUUCUCCAAUACGUCAACCUCAGCAACUUUUUCUUAAUCAUAAUUUUUCCUAUCAUCGUAACAGCGCAAUAAAAGCGGGUGUGGCAACUAUUUUUGAUAGGAUUUUAUCAGAACUUAGCGUAAAAAUGAAGAGGCUGAGCAUUGAUCGCUCCGAGCUAUCGUGCUUGAAAGCUAUUAUUCUCUUCAAUCCUGACAUACGUGGUUUAAAAGGACGAAAUGAUGUAGAAAUUUGUAGAGAACAAGUUUAUGCUUGCCUUGAUGAGCACUGUCGUACAGAACAUCCUGGAGAUGACAGCCGAUUUGCACAACUUUUACUUCGGUUGCCGGCACUACGAUCUAUUAGCCUUAAGUGUCUGGAUCAUUUGUUUUUCUUUAGAAUUAUGGGUGACAAACCCUUAGAUCAAUUAUUCUAUGAACAGCUUGACGCGCCAAUGUGUUAGGUAGUUAAAAUUAAAUUUAAUAAUUAAAGUACUUGAUAAAUUUCUCAAAUGAACAACUUUCCAGUUGAUAGAUGUGAUUCCUAUCAUCUAAUGAAAUAUAACUAGCUGCUUAAUUCUUCAAAAGUUUUUCUUUAAUCAAACUUAUUUUUAGUAAGUUACUAUUUACUGUAAAGAAUUUUUGACAAUUAACUCUAAUAUUGUAAAUUGAAUAAAUGUCUUGUAAAAUGUUGAAAUGUCGUUAAUAACUGAAGGGAAAAAUUUAUAUAGUAUUAAGGUAUGAGGUAGCAACCGACCUUCAGAUGUUCUAUUUUGUGUUUAAGAAUAUCUAUGUUAAUCUUAUUCAUAUUUUAAUUCAAUAUAUUAUAUAUACACAUAUGA